CCCCUGUCGCCUCCUCUCUCUCUCUCUCUCUCUCUCUCUCUACACACACAAACACACCAUUUCCACCAUUUCGUUGCGAGGACGAAAAGCAAAAAGCAAUUACGAAGCGUGCGAUCGCUUCGAUCCGAAGAGAGGAUUUGGUAGUGGGUUGUUGAAAUGGAAACAGAGGCAAGUCCUGGAAUAGUCGAUAUGAAGCUACUUGACAAGGAUGCGGUGGUACAUGGAGAGGAAAAAUCAAUUCUACUUAAUGGCACUCAAAAGAAGGAAGUAAAUAAAGAAGAAGAUGACGAUGAGACUGCAUCAGAUGGGGAAUUUAUAAAGGUAGAGAAGGAACUGAUAGACGCGAAAGAACCCUUCAACUCCGAGAAACCAAUAGAAGAAGAAGCAACUGCAAAUCUUCCAAGUGACAGUUCAAGCAAUGCAGCAACAAGGACCAUUCAUGCAACAGAAGAGAAGACGGGAGCCAUUGAACCUCCCAUGCCAAAACAGGAGAUUGAUUUUGCAAAGCGUAUUGAAGAGCUUGAAUUUGAAAAAAAAGGGAUGAAAGAGCAGUUAACAGAAGCAGAAAAGAAGCACAAGCUGCAGCAUGAGUCUCUCCAAGAAGCACUAGCUUCUCUGGAUAAGAAGCAAAAGGAGCUAGUUGAAGUUAAAACUGCAUUUAAUGGGUUGUCUAGUGAUCUUGAAAACACGAGGAAGAGGGUAGAGGAGCUUGAAGCAGAGUUAGGAUCAUCGACAAGCAAGAUGAAUAAACUUGAAGAGUUCCAUAAGGAGAGAAGUCAGCAAGCAGAUUCAGAGGCGAAGAGGGCUUCAGAGUUGGAAAAAAUGCUAGAAAUGGCAAAUUUGAAUGUGAAGGACAUGGAAAAUAAAAUAGGUAAUUUCCAUGAGGAGAUGAAGGGACUGCAUGGCAAAAUUUCAGAGAACCAGCGAAUAGAAGAGUCUCUGGGAAAAACAGUAUUGGAGCUUAAGAUGGUUCAGGAUACUUUGGAGCUUUCGAAAUCUCUGGUGGCAGAGUUGGAGCAGAAACUUAUCUCUAAGGAAGCCACAAUCAAUGAAUUAACUCAAGAAGUGCAAGCUCAGAAGGCUUCUGAGCAGAAUUUGAAAGAAAAUUUGCUUGAACUAGAAAAUCAACUUUCUGCCAUGAAAGAAAAUUUUCAAGAGAAGCUUGUGAACUUGGAACAAGUCACGUCAAAGCUAGAAGAGCAGGCGAAGGAGAGGCAAAGCAUUGAAGCUAUGUUAAAGAGCCAUGAAGAGCAGAUGCUGAGUCUACAAGAAGAACUAGCCGAAGUGAUGGGUGAAAAUGAAAGCCUUCAAAACACUCUUAUUGAGCUUAACACCGAAUUAUCGACAAAAGAGGAUUUGCAUAGCCAGUUGGAGGCCAAGUUGAAUUUAGCUGAUGAUGAUCAUACUAAAACACGAUCACUCCUCUCUGAAGCAUUAUCACAUAAAGAGGAACUUGAACAAAAUCUGAAAUUGCUCAAGGACCAACAUGGCGAAUCCAAAACGGCUGCUGAUGCUGCAACACAGAGAAUCCUUGAACUGGAAGCUUUAGUUCAGGCAUCAAAUGAAGCUAACGAGGGUGUGAAGCUGCAGUUGAAAGAGACUGAGACAAGAUUGGCAUCUGCAGAGAAUAAAAACAUGGAGCUUGAGGAACAGCUAAAUGUCGCAGAGCUAAAAUCAGUUGACGCAGACAGAGAGAUAAUAAAACUCAAAGAGAAAGUGAUGGAAUUCACGACUUUGUUGAGGGAAAGGGAUGAGGAAAUUACUGUCUUCAAGCACCACUUACAAGAGUAUGGAGAUAAAAUCAGUCAGUUGGAACCAUCUCUUCAUUCUUCUCAGUCUAGGACAUCACAACUAGAAAAAGAGUUGGAGGAUCUUUCUGCAAAAUAUCAGGAACACCAGGGGCAUGCUCGUUCGAUACAUCAGCGAAGUAUUGAAUUGGAAGACUUGCUUCAUGUGUCACAUUCAAAAGCGGAGGGUGCUGGAAAGAAGGUGGAUGAGUUGGAGCUGCUCUUAGAAGCUGCUAACUCCCAAAAGCAGGAAUUGGAACAGCUUCUGAGCACUACAGAAUUGAAGUUUACCGAAGCUGAAGCAAAAUCAAAGCAAUAUAGUAGUGAAAUUGCCGAACUUACUGCAGAGUUGCAAGCUUACCAAACAAAAUCAGCUAGCCUUGAGGCUGUACUACAAGCCGCGAGUGAAAAAGAAAUGGAAUUGAUAGAGAAGAUGAAUGCAGUUACUGAGGAAAAGAAGAAAUUCGAAGAAUUGUCGAAGGGCUAUGGAGAAAAACUUCGAGAGCAGGUGAAGGAAAGGCAAGCCAUUGAAUCUAAAUUAGAGAGCCAAGAAAAGGAGAAGUUGAGUUUACAGGAGGAAUUGGCUGAAGUUACAGAAGAUAAUAAAACACUUCAGGACACUCUGGUUGACCUUAGUAGUAAAUUGAGAGAGAGAGAUGAGCUAUGCAGCCAGUUAGAGGCUAAGUUGGACCUCGCCAACAGUCAUCAUAAUGAAACACAGUCGCUGCUCUCGGAAGCAUUGUCACACAAAGAGGAACUCAAAAUUAAUCUGAAGUCUCUCAAUGAUCAGCAUGGUGAACUCAAAACAGUUACUGAGACGGCAGUCCAGAGAAACCGUGAGCUUGAAGCUUCAGUUCAAGCAUCUACUGAAGCUGAAGAGAGUGUCAAAGUACAACUCAGAGAAACUGAGACCAAAUUGGCAUCUUCUGAAAAGAAGAGCAUGGAGCUUGAAGAAUUACUAAGUCAUGCAGAGCUCAAAUCAGUUGAUGCGUAUAAAGAGAUAAAAGAACUCAAAGAGAAAAUGGCCGAGGUCACUGCUUUGUUGAUGGAGAAAGAUGAAGAAAUUGCAACAUCUAAACACCACCUAGAGAGGUAUGAAGAAAAUAUUAGCCAAUUGGAAGCAUCUCUACAAACCUCUUUGUCUAGAACUUCGCAACUUGAACAGGAGUUGAAGGAUCUUUCUGAAAGAUAUCAAGAACACCAGGGGCAUGCUCAUUCAAUCCAUCAGCGGAGUCUUGAACUAGAAGACUUGCUCGAUGCAUCACGCUCGAAAGCAGACGGUGCUGGAGAGAAAGUGGGUGAGUUAGAGCUACUUCUGGAAGCAACAAACUCCCAAAAGCAGGAAUUGGAACAGCUUUUGAGCAUGACAGAAGCAAAUCUAAAAGAAGCUGAAGCAGAAUCGAAGCAGAACAGUAGCAAGGUUGCUGAGCUUUCCGUGGAACUUGAAUCAUACCAUGCAAAGUUGGCUAGCCUGGAAGCUUUGCUGCAAGAUUCAAGUGAAAAGGAAAGAGAGUCGACAGAAAUGUUGGCUUUAGUUACCAGAGAAAAGAAGAAAUUCGAAGAACUGUCAAAGGAUUAUGCAGAAAAGCUUUUGGAAUCUGAGAAGAUGGUUGAGAUUUUGCAGGGAGAAUUGGAAACUGUUAGAGGUAAACUGGAAGAUAUGGAAAAGGAUCUCGAGACUUCAGGUAUCAGAGAGAAGAGUGUUCUGGAGAAGCUUAGAUCUACUGAAGAAGAGCUGGAGCAUCAAGGAAGGAAACUAGAGCAUGUUCAUUCGAAAAAGAUUGAUUUAGAAGCCCUGUAUGAAUCAUUACUUAAGGACACAGAGCUGAAACUCCAAGCGUCAAUCAACUUUAACCAAAAGGAGUUGGAAUUGCACGAGAGGCUGAAGUCUCUUGAAGAAAAAGCAGCCUUUUAUCAAAGUGAGGCAACUGAAGCUGCUGAAAAGGUGGCUUCACUCGAGAGAGAUUUGGAAGCAAAUGCAUCAACAUUGGCUACUCUUGAAAGCACUAUUGCAGAAUUUAAGGUGAAGAUCUCAGAAUCUGAAUUGAAAGAUCAACAAUUAUCAUCUGAGAAGGAUUUAUUGGCGGCGACAAACUCGAAGCUAAGAGAGGAGUUGGAAACUACACAGGCCAAGAUUGAUGAAUUUCAUGAGUUGUUGAGCUCCACUCAUGCGGAGAAAGAAGCUACUGCCGAACAGCUUGCUUUUCAUGCGAAAACUAUAACAGAGUUGACUGAUCAACACUCUAGAAGCUUGGAACUCCACUCUGCAGCCGAAUCUCGAGUAAGAGAAACUGAAUCCCAAUUGAAUGAAGCUAUUGAGAGGCUCAAACAAAGAGAUGCUGAAGCCAGAGAUCUGAAUGAGAAGCUGCUUGCCCUUGAAAUUCAGCUGAAGACUUAUGAGGAACAAGCCAGUGAAGCUGCUGCCGUUGUAGAAAGCCGUGAGGUCGAGUUGGAUGAGGCUUUCUCGAAAGUAAAAAAUCUCGAGGAACUUCUUGGGCAAGUUCAGAGCAAGGCUGAUCAGUUUAAAUCUGACAAUGAAAGUUUAGCUAAUGCAAACAUUAGUUUGUCUGAAGAGUUGGCAUCAAAUGAGAGGAAGCUGAAUGAGUUAGAAACAACACUAAAUGCUGUCAUUGCAGAGAAAGGGGAUUUGUCAGAACAACAUAGCUUUUCGAGACAACGAAUGGAAGAAACGAUCCAGCAGCUUAGUUUGGAAAAAGAAAAACUCCAAUCCCAGAUAUCAUCUCUUAUGGAAGAGAAUCACAUUCUGAAUGGCAUGUACGAAAGUACGAAGAAGGAGCUUGAAGAAGUGGUAGUCAAACUGGAAGAAGAACUAAAUGAAAGGAAGACGAGAGAGUUCUCGCUUAAUGCUGAUGUGGAAAAUCUGAAGGCUGAGGUAGCAGAAAAAUCUGCACAUAAAUUGCACAUCUCAAAACUCGAGCAACAGUUCUCACUUUCUGAGCAAAGAUUCAUGCAAGAGAUUGAGAGCAUGCAAAUAGCAUUUGCUGAGAAGGAUGAAGUGCUAAGUGCAAGAUCGAAAGAGCAUGAAGGCGUACUCAGUGAAAAGGAGAAACUGUGUGAGCAGUUGAUAGAAUUAAGAAAGGAGUUAGAUCUUGCUUACAAAACUGUUGCGGAACAGGAAGAGCAGGUUUCUGUAAGGGAAAUAGAGUGGGAAACAGCUAUGAAGCAAUCAGCGGACGAGGUGGAAGCUAAGAAUCAGCAUGCUACAGAUCUAGAAAUACAAGUUGAAUUCCUUCAACAGCAGUUGCAAACAACUGAAGAACAGUACAAAGAGAAGCUCACAGAAGAAGGCCAAAAAGUAUCUCUGGUAACUGCAGAGCUUGAUGAUUUGAGAGAAAAACUUAGUCAAACUGCUGAAUUAGAGAAGCAGAUUCAGGAUCUCGAGCAGAAACUGCAACAGGCUAAUGCCAAAUCUCGUGAAGCAAGUGCAAAUGUUGCAGUGGGUGAAUCUGUCGAAAUCGAUUCAAAAUCAAGAGAUCGUAGUAUAGACACAUCAACACUAUCACGAAGGACGCAUAAGAAAAGAAGCGAGAAAUCGCGUCAUACUACGGAUACAGCUUCAAGCACAGCGACACAAGCUGCUCCAGAACCUUCAGGAUUCAUGGCCUUCAGGUUCAUUCUUGGAGUAGCCUUGAUCUCCAUCAUCGUCGGCAUCAUCCUCGGAAAACGGUAUUAGACAUCACUUCUUUUAAUUCCUCUCGUCAGUUCCGCGACAGCCAAGGAAGAAAAUUUUGAUUAAAAAAGCUUUGGCUGAUGGUACUUAUGUUAGUGUUACACCGUCGAAGUCGGCGGGAAUUUAUUUUUAUUAAACUGCACUCGCUUUGAAGCUUCAAGGGUUCUUGUGUUGCAGAUCUCUGGUCUGGGAUGAUAAGUUUUUUUUCGGGUAUUGAGUUUUGAGUUGGGCUGGGGAUUCUAGUUUUUGUUCAAUUCCUACCCUUUGCAGGUUGCAGUGGGGGGCUGCAUGGAGUGUUGACCUUUGUGGUUUGAGCAUGUAUUUAUUUAUAUAUUUCCUUGUAAAUUUUACUACAAUGCUUGCUACACCAUUUUGAUGAUAGUGUUUAUAUUUGCUUGGAGAUAAGAAAAAAAGGGUAUUUGGGAAAUAAAAUUUCUUCAGCUUUUGCUUGCUGUCGUUGAAAGCUAAUAGAAGCUCUUGACAUUUGAAAGCAGAAGCUCUAAUUUAAAUA